AUGUUGUCCCUGGCGUCCACUGUGAGCCGCCGCAGCAGCCAGUGCGGGCAGACCACCCUUGUGCAGACGCCUCGAAGUGAAGAUGCCAGAUCGUCACCAUAUCAGAGACGUAGAGGCAAAGAUUCUACCUCUACAGGAGAGUUACAGCCUAUGCCGACCUCACCUGGAGUUGACCUGCAGAGCCCUGCCACACAGGAUAUGUUAUUUUCCAGCCUUGCUCAGAUACAUUCCUCAACAGUUCCCCUUGACUUUGACGUUAGUUCACUGCUGACAUAUGGCACUCCCAGCUCUUGGGUAGAGGGAACUCCAAGGAGUGGUGUUAGAGGUACACCUGUGAGGCAGAGGCCUGACCUGGGGUCUGCACAGUAGGGCCUGCAGGUGGAUUUGCAGUCUGAUGUGCCAGCAGCAGAAGAUAUAGUGGCGAGUGAGCAGUCUCUAGGCCAAAAACUUGUGAUUUGGGGAACAGAUGUAAAUGUGGCGACAUGCAAAGAAAAUUUUCAGAGAUUCCUUCAGUGUUUUAUUGACCCUCUGGCUAAAGAAGAGGAAAAUAUUGGCAUAGAUAUUACUGAACCUUUGUACAUGCAACGACUUGGGGAGAUAAAUGUCAUCGGGGAGCCAUUUUUAAAUAUAAACUGUGAACACAUAAAAUCAUUUGACAAAAAUCUAUACAGACAGCUCAUCUGCUACCCACAGGAAGUUAUCCCAACAUUUGACAUGGCUGUCAACGAGACCUUCUUUGACCGUUACCCUGACUCAAUCUUAGAACAUCAGAUUCAAGUAAGACCAUUCAAUGCAUUAAAGACGAAGAACAUGAGAAACCUGAAUCCAGAAGACAUCGACCAGCUUAUUGCCAUCAGUGGCAUGGUAAUCAGGACAUCCCAGCUGAUUCCAGAGAUGCAAGAGGCCUUCUUCCAGUGCCAAGUGUGUGCCCAAACAGCUCGGGUGGAGAUUGACUGUGGCCGCAUUGCUGAGCCCUCUGUUUGUGAGCGCUGCCACACCACCCACAGCAUGGCGCUGAUCCACAACCGCUCUUUGUUCUCUGACAAGCAGAUGAUCAAACUUCAAGAGUCUCCUGAAGCUACGCCUGCAGGGCAGAUGCCUCAUACUGUCAUCCUUUUUGGUUACAGUGAUCUUGUUGACAAGGUUCAGCCUGGAGACAGAGUGAACAUUACAGGCAUCUAUCGAGCUGUUCCUAUUCGAGUCAACUCAAGAGUAAGUAACGUGAAGUCUGUCUACAAAACCCACAUUGAUGUCAUUCACUACCGGAAAACUGAUGCAAAACGUCUACAUGGCCUUGAUGAAGAAGCAGAGCAGAAAUUUUUUUCAGAGAAGCAUGUGGAAUUGCUCAAGGAACUUUCUAGAAAGCCAGACAUUUAUGAGAGACUUGCAUCAGCCUUGGCUCCAAGUAUUUAUGAACAUGAAGAUAUAAAGAAGGGAAUCUUGCUUCAGCUCUUUGGUGGAACACGAAAGGAUUUUAGUCACACAGGAAGAGGCAAAUUUCAUGCUGAGAUCAACAUCCUGUUGUGUGUUGACCCUGGGACCAGCAAGUCCCAGCUGCUGCAGUAUGUGUACAAUCUGGUCCCCAGGGGCCAGUACAUGUCCGGGAAAGUCUCCAGUGCAGUCGGCCUCACUGCGUAUGUGAUGAAAGACCCUGAGACAAGGCAGCUUGUCUUGCAGACUGGUGCCCUUGUCCUGAGUGACAAUGGUAUCUGCUGUAUUGAUGAGUUUGACAAGAUGAAUGAAAGUACAAGAUCAGUACUACAUGAAGUCAUGGAACAGCAGACUCUUUCCAUUGCAAAGCCUGGGAUUAUUUGCCAGCUCAAUGCCCGUACCUCUAUCCUGGCAGCAGCAAAUCCUAUUGAGUCUCAAUGGAAUCCUAAAAAAACUACGAUUGAAAAUAUCCAGCUACCUCACACAUUAUUAUCAAGGUUUGAUUUGAUAUUCCUCAUGCUGGACCCUCAGGACGAAGCCAAUGAUAGGCGUCUGGCCCACCACCUCGUCGCUUUGUACUACCAGAGUGAGGAGCAAGUGGAGGAGCAGUUCAUGGACAUGGCAGUGCUGAAGGACUACAUUGCUUACACCCACAGCAUGGUCAUGCCUCGUCUGAGCCAGGAAGCCAGCCAGGCUCUCCCUGAGGUUUAUGUAGACAUGAGGAAGAUUGGUAGCAGCCGAGGAAUGGUUUCUGCAUACCCUCGACAGCUGGAGUCAUUAAUGCGACUAGCAGAAGCCCAUGCUAAAGUAUGAUUCUCAAGCAAAGUUGAAGCAGUUGAUGUUGAAGAAGCAAAACAUCUCCAUCGGGAAGCUCUAAAGCAGUCUGCCACUGACCCCUGGACUGGCAUUGUGGACAUAUCUAUUUUAACUACAGGAAUGAGUGUCACCUCUUGCAAACGGAAAGGAGAGUUAGCUGAAGCAUUGAAAAAACUUAUUUUAUCUAAGGGCAAAACACCAGCUCUAAAAUAUCAGCAACUUUUUGAAGACAUCCGGGGACAAUCUGACAUAGCUAUUACCAAAGAUAUGUUUGAAGAAGCCCUGCAUGCCUUGGCUGAUGAUGACUUCUUAACAGUAACUGGCAAAACUGGCUGCUUGCUCUGAAGCUCUUGUGAGCAGUGCUGUCUGUGUGUGUCUGCACUUGGGU